CGCCCAGACGGAAGAAGCUUCCUCUCUCUCUCUCUCUCUCUCUCCGUCGUGUUUAUACGCUUCGACAGCCGCCGGCGAAGAAGCUCGUUUCUCGGGAAACCCAUCGUCCUUCUUUUCUCGGCCGAGAAAACCGCGGGGAAAAUGGGGUUCCCGCUGGGCUACACGGAGGUCUUCCUGCCGAAGCUCUUCGUGCACGCCCUCUGCCUCCUCGGCUUCGUCCGGCACCUCAUCUUCUCCCUCUUCCGCUCCCUGGGCCUCUCCGACUUCCUCGACACCGACGCCGCCUCGUUCCCCGCCGAGUCCCGGGCGGCGCGGCCGGCGGCCACCGCCGAGAGCCCCCCCGUGUCGGCCCUCCUGAUCCGGGAGAUGCUGCCCGUGGUCAGGUUCGAGAGCCUGGUGGACCCACCCGAGAGCUGCGCGGUGUGCCUGUACGAGUUCGAGGGCCGGCCGGAGGAGGAGAUCAGGUGGCUGAGCAACUGCCGGCACGUCUUCCACAGGGAGUGCCUGGACCGGUGGAUGGACUGCGAUCAGGACACGUGCCCGCUGUGCAGGACCCAGUUCGUGCCCGAGGACAUGCGGGAGGAGUUCCAUCAGCGGCUGCGCGCUGCUUCUGGGGUGGUCGGCGAUUUCGCCAUUUCUGAGGACUCGUGAUAGGUUCAGCACUUUCUUUUCUUGAAAGGGUCUCUGCUGGCUCUGGUCUUGCGUUGACUGUUGCUGACUACGUCUGAAAUGGUGAAUAUUAGAAAGGGUGUAUUGUAUAGCGUGAAAUGGGGGGAAUUGGUAAUUGGCCAAGAAAAAUAAUGGGAAGUAGCACAUUUUUUAGUUGGAUUA